AAUUUAAACUGCCACUUUGUUUUGAUUUCUAUAUUUGGAUAGUCAUGUAAACAAAAACAUUCUAAUCCUUUUUUAUUUACAUUAUAAAAUAAGAGAGUUUGCAGUUGUUCGACAUUCAAGUUGGAAGAUAUUCAACGCACGUUCAUCAUGUCAAUAUCAAAAUUUUCUUGUGUUUUCAUCAUCAUUCUUUUCUUUAUCGCCGGAUGCGUUGCUGCUGUAGAAAUCGUCGAGGACAAGAAACAUUUCAUUGUUUUUCUGGAGAAUGGGCGAACUAUUUUAAAUGAGGUCGAUGGUCUAGAUAUAAAUCUCAAUGUUCUCAUGUCAGUGAAGGAAAGCCAUGUGGAAGCAAAAGAGUCUAUGGUGUACAGUUACACAAAUAACUUCAAUGCCUUCGCUGCCAAGCUUACUGAGGCAGAGGCCAAAACGUUGUCAGAGAGGGGAGAUGUGCAGCAUGUGAUUCCAAACAGAUACAGAAAGCUACAAACAACAAGAUCUUGGGACUUCCUUGGGUUUCCUAUCAAUGCAAAAAGGAAAACAAGACAGGAGAGUGACAUUAUUGUGGGCCUAUUUGAUACUGGAAUCACUCCAACGGCGGAUAGCUUUAAAGAUGAUGGGUUUGGUCCUCCACCCAAAAAAUGGAAAGGCACCUGUGACCAUUUUGCCAAUUUCAGUGGCUGCAACAAUAAACUCAUCGGAGCAAGAUAUUUCAAACUAGAUGGCCUCACCGAGCCCUUGGACAUUUUGUCGCCCAUAGACAUUAACGGUCAUGGCACACACACAUCGUCAACAGCGACCGGAAAUGUAAUCACUGGAGCCAACCUCUCUGGCCUGGCUCAAGGAACUGCCCGUGGCGGUGUGCCAUCGGCCAGAGUAGCCAUGUACAAGGUUUGCUGGACUAGCACCGGAUGCUCCGAUAUGGAUCUUCUGGCUGCCUUUGACGCCGCCAUACAGGAUGGCGUCGAUGUCAUUUCAAUAUCGAUUGCUGGCAUUGGCUAUGGCAAUUACACUGAGGACCCGAUCUCUAUCGGUGCAUUUCAUGCCAUGAAGAAGGGCAUCAUCACUGUGACGGCCGCCGGGAACAAUGGCCCGAGUGCCGGCACUGUUGUGAACCACGCGCCGUGGAUCUUGACGGUUUCUGCCAGUUCAAUUGAUCGGACAUUUAUCAGUCCAGUCGAGUUGGGCAACGGGAAGAACAUCUCUGGGGUAGGAAUAAACUUAUUCAAUCCAGAGAAAAAAAUGUACAAAUUAGUGAGUGGAGAAGAUGUGGCAAAGAACAUAGAGAGCAAAGAUGAUGCAACGUAUUGUGUAGAGAACUCACUUGAUCCAAGCAAGGUGAAAGACAGUAUUGUGUUUUGCAAAUUGCUGACAUGGGGAGCUGAUUCGGCUGUCAAAUCAAUUGGUGCUGCUGGUGCUAUCCUUCAAAGUGAUCAGUUUCUUGACAAUACUGAUAUCUUCAUGGCCCCUUCCACUUUGGUUAGUAGCUUUGUUGGAGCUACUAUUGACUCCUACAUCCACUCCUCAAGAACACCAACAGCAGUGAUAUACAAAACAAGACAACACAUAGGAGCAGCUCCAAUUGUUGCUCCCUUCUCCUCCAGAGGCCCAAAUCCAGGCUCCACCCGCAUUCUAAAGCCGGACAUAGCAGCACCAGGAGUCAACAUAUUGGCGGGUUACACGCCAUUGAAAUCAUUGACGGGGCUGAAAGGUGACACUCAAUUCUCUAAAUUUACACUCAUGUCUGGCACUUCCAUGGCUUGUCCCCAUGUUGCCGCUGCCGCCGCCUAUGUCAAAUCUUUCCACCCUCUUUGGUCUCCGGCCGCCAUUAGAUCCGCCUUGCUUACCACCGCGAAACCAAUUAGUCGACGUGGGAACCCUGACGGAGAAUUCGGGUACGGUGCCGGCAACCUUAAUCCAGGUAAAGCCAAAAACCCUGGCCUAAUCUACGACCUCAAUGAGAUGUCGUACAUUCAAUUCCUUUGUAGCGAAGGUUACAGUGGAUCUUCAAUUUCCAUCCUCACUGGAACCAAAUCCAUCAAUUGCGCCACAAUAAUCCGUGGCCAAGGCUAUGACUCUCUCAAUUACCCAACCUUUCAACUCAGACUCCAAAGCACCAGACAACCGACGACCGCCGUGUUCUGGCGGGAAGUGACCAAUGUCGGCACUCCUGUUUCAGUUUACAAUACCACGGUCUGGGCUCCCCCUGGGGUGGAGAUCACGGUAGAGCCAGCGACUUUGUCGUUCUCAUAUCUACUGCAAAAGGAGAGGUUUAAGGUUGUUGUGAAGGCCAAUCCUUUGCCGUCGAACAAAAUGGUAUCGGGUUCGAUCACUUGGUUUAAUCCUCGAUAUGUUGUGAGAAGUCCGAUUGUUGUUUAUAGUCCAUCGGGAUGAACAUUGAUGAGGAAUUGAUUAUUAAUGUGUUAAAUGUAUUAAUAUUCAAUGAAUCGGAGAUAAUCUAAUAUGUUCCAGUAAAUAUUUUCAUUACAUCUAGGAUAACUGGAUAA